AUGGCUUUCAAGAAGUUUGCUCUGCUUGCCCUAGCCGGCUCGGCCUUUGGUGCCAUGGCCGGCAUGCCGGGAGACGCCAUGUCUUCCGAUAUGGCUGACUCCAUGCCCACACAACCAGCACAGAGCGCGGACCACGGCUCCAUGGCGGCGACUGAAAACACAGCACCGAUGGCAACCGAUACCAUGGCCACACACAUGACGGAAGACUCUUCAAUGGAUUCUGGCGACCAUAUGACGGAUUCAGAUGCUAUGACCGCAAGCAUGACCGAGAUGGGCUCAAUGACGACGAGUGUGACCGGCAUGGACAUGCCGAUGGGGACCGGGGGAAUGGUUCAUGGAAACUCCACAGGAUCUGAUGAUCCUCCCAUCUCUGGCAGUGGCGUCAGCAGUAUUUCGAUCGGCUUCAUUGCCGCCUCGGUGUUCCUGGGACUACUCGUCCAGCUAUAA